AUGUCUGCAGCCAAGCUGGAGAAGAAGAUCUGGACCUUGGAACAGCGACUCCGUGAGGAGUUCCGCGUGGAACUGCAGAGGGCGCUAGGCCAGUGCCUCACGAGAGUGCAGCACCUCGAGACGGAGGUGCUCUUACUCCGCGGAGAGAAGCCCAGGAGAACGCCAGGCGGACAAGGCGCGCAAGAGCAGGUUUCUGUGGACGUUGGGGAUGCUGAGCUUCCGGGAGGCAUCGCCGAAAAGCCAGUGGCAGACGUCGUGCCCGUUGGCCAACCCGCCGGAUCGGCCUGGUCUGAGUUUGCGCCGAAAUGGGAAGGUCCGAAGGAUCCGGAAGAUGAGUGCGUGGCCUGGGUUCCGUUGGAGCCUGUGGCUUUCUUGGAGUCAACAUGGAACCUUGUAUUGGUCAUGGGCUUCACGGAUGCCGGCUGGCUGGACAUCAUUAUUGCUUGCCUGCUGUUGAUUGUCAGCGGGGGCUUGCAAAUCGCAUUCAGCAUAAUUCUGCUGUCUCCCGACUUCCUUGGAGAGCCGUUUGAAAACCACAUUCAGAAUGUGGAGAAGUGGAGGGUUGGUGUUGCCCACGAUUACAGGCACAUGGACUUGGCGCAGACCAGCCUGGACGUCUCCCUCAUCGUGUCGACAAGUCAAGCGACCCUGCUUGACGAGAUCGAUACUUUCCUUGGCCUGCUGAAGCCGUUCAAUGUGAGUCUUGGAAUUCUGCUCUGCAUGCUCUGCAUUCUCAUGUGGUGCCUCUACCUCUGCAAUGAAUUUCGAGCCAUCGGCUUGUCUCUCGAGGCAGUAUUACAGAUUCCACGUCGUGCGUACACGACCUUCGAUCACGGACGCUUUGCCACAAUUUCGUACCUUCGCUUCGCGCUCUACUGCCUGGCCCGGAUUACCCGGGGAGUGAUCGCUGGCCUCCUGCUGUAUGCUGGGAUUCUGUGGCUUGCAAAUACCACGUCGAUCACCGACCUGAUGCUGAACGCAGUGGCCUUGGGGGCUGUUCUGGAUGUCGAUGAGAUGUUUUUCGCGGCGCUGAUGCCGAAGAAGAUUCAGAUCAAAAUUCAAGACCUGGAGGCCAUCAAGAUCAACUACACCCGCAGGAGGAGCCAAAUCGAGGCAGUGUUGCUGCUUCUCAUCAUGUGCGGACUGAUGUUGUGGCCUUGGUUCUACUUGGUGGAGCCGCUUGCCAACCACAUGUUGGAGGUGAAUGCCACCCUCUGUGGUGGGAACCAGGAUUUCGUUGUCGGUAUCAACUCUAACCAAGGCAUCACGAUUGGUCGAGAGACGACUAACUUUGGCGCGGACCGGAAUGUCAGUCUAAUCGAGAUUGCAGUCCGGGACCUGGCCUUUCGAGGAGACGACUCCUUGUCUUCCAACUACGUCCUGAUAUCACAGGUUGCAAGGGAUUUUGAGAUCAAGCGAACUGAACUCAUGUCUGCAGCCGCGGCGCGCAUCAUGCACUGUACUGAUUUUGACCAAUACUACAUUCAUGGACAGCCAAAUGCGGGUAACUACGAACCUUACUGGUGGAACACAGCGCCUGGGCUCGGCUUCCCGCAGGAAAGUACAUGUCAGGACAUGAAAGAGCACUGCGACGAUGAGAACGGGGAGCUGUUGCGUUUGAGCUGUGGCAUCACAUGUGGCUGUGCCGAGGCCGGUACGAACCCGUGGUUCCGCGUGCAGGAAAGGGGAUGUUCCAGCAAUUGUCUUGGUGAAAUGAGGCACGCAAUCGGCGAUCAGAGCUGCACUGAUGUUACAACAGGCUCCACGGCUUGGAAGGCCUUCUGGGAAGAGUACCCUCACAUCGUCUCGAGUUUCAUGGGGGAGCAGAAUCAAUCGAAGAUUGGUCAGCUGGAAGAGGUGAGAGCCCAUAUGUUGAGCCAUGGUUGCUCAGCACUGAGCAACACGAGCUACGAAGUUGAAGAGCUGACGCAGAGAGACUUCUGCUCCGGACACUCGCAGCUUUGGGCGCCCUUGAGCACCCUGUGCCCUGCCACUUGCUGCCAAGGAAAGGCCGGCGACUUUUGCCCCACAAUCUGUGCCUGUGAAGCGUCUGGCACAGAUAACGACCAAGGCCUGAUGGGCAGCAUCGAUGCUGGAGACCCCGUCUUCGGGGAGGUCACUUCCUGCCGGGCGGCUGCCCGCAAGAACCUCUGCGGGACACAGCCGAUCGUUCAACAGCAUUGUGAGUUGAGCUGUGCUUGCGAAGUGCUUCUCAAAGACUAG